CCAGCGUCGGCGCCGGAGCUCUUCCCGUCCCUCCGCCGCAGGACUCCCGUCUCCCCGCCUGCACCUGCUCGGAUCAUGCGGCGGCGGGAACUAACGCUCGUCUCGUCAGCCCCCACCACCUCCUCCUCCUCCUCCUCGGAAUGACGCCAAGUGGACCGGACCUUGAGAGUCUCACCCCCAUGGAGGCCCGCCAGCUCGCACCACUGACCUUUGCCGCACCAUGACUGCGCCUUGUGCCGCUCAGAGAGGACACGAGUGACGCCCCACACCUGCAGAGAGAAGCGGGAGGAGACAGCCGCACCUCAGGCCCCGGACCGGACCCGACCUCCGCACACAGGAUGCACCUGGAUCUGUGGAUGUGUUCGCCGCCGCUCCUGCUGCUGUGGAUUACUCUUCUUUCCCGCGCGUCCGGGACGCCGGUUCCGGCUCAGAACCACAGCCCAGAAAGCGCCGCAGCGUCGGCCGGCGGGGAGCGGUUACUGGCCCGAGCCAAACGAGGAUGGGUUUGGAACCAAAUGUUUGUGCUGGAGGAGUUUUCUGGACCGGAUCCGAUCCUGGUUGGCAGGCUCCACACCGACUUGGAUGUGGGCAACAAGAACAUCAAGUACGUCCUGGCGGGAGAAGGCGCUGGAACCAUCUUUGCUAUCAACGAGCUGACGGGCGACAUCCACGCCAUGAAGAGGCUGGACCGCGAGGAGAAGGCGGAGUACACGCUGACCGCUCAGGUGGUCAACGCCGACACGGACGAGCCCCUGGAGCCGCCCUCCGAGUUCAUCAUCAAGGUGCAGGACAUUAACGACAACCCGCCGCAGUUCAUCGAGGGUCCGUACCGAGCGUCCGUCCCGGAGAUGUCGGCAGUCGGAACGCCGGUCACCAGGGUCACUGCCACCGACGCCGACGACCCGGUGUACGGCAACAGUGCCAAGCUGGUCUACAGCAUCCUGGAGGGCCAGCCCUACUUCUCUGUGGACCCCAACUCAGCGACCAUAAAAGUCGCCCUCCACGGCAUGGACCGCGAGAUGAGGGAGGAGUACCUGGUGGUCAUCCAAGCCAAGGACAUGGGAGGUCACAUGGGCGGCCUGUCCGGGACCACCACCGUCACCGUGACGCUGACCGACAUCAACGACAACCCGCCCAAGUUCGCCAAGAGUCUGUACGAGUUCGUGAUCCCGGAGGAUCUGCCGAUCGGCAAGAUGGGCGGCAAGGUGAAGGCAAACGAUCGCGACAUCGGCGAUAACGCCAAGUCCACGUACAGCGUGAUGGAGGGGGACGAGCAGGGCAUGUUCGAGGUGGUGACGGACUCGCAGACGCAGGAGGGAAUUCUGCGGCUCAAGAAGCCUCUGGAUUUCGAGACCAAGCGGGCCUACACGCUGAAGCUGGAGGCCACCAACAUCCGGCCCGAGCCCACCGGGGGCGGCCCCUACAAGGACACGGCCACGGUGAAGAUCGUGGUGGAAGAUUCCGACGAGCCUCCGAUCUUCUCUAAAGCCGUGUACCAGCUGGAGGUGAACGAGAACGCCCCCAUCAACACCGUCAUCGGGUCCGUCAACGCCCGAGACCCCGACUCCACUGCCAGCCAAGUCCGGUACUUCAUCGACCGCCACACGGAUCUGGAGCGGCAGUUCAACAUCAACGUGGACGACGGGAAGAUCACGCUGGCCAAACCUCUGGACCGUGAGACCGACCUGUGGCACAACAUCACGGUGACGGCCACAGAAGUCCGAAACCACAGCCAGAUAUCCAGGGCCAUCGUGGCCAUCCGGGUCAUGGACAUCAACGACAACGCUCCGGAGUUCGCCACCGAGUACGAGGCCUUUCUGUGUGAGAACGGGAAACCUGGGCAGGUGAUCCAGACCGUCAGCGCCGUGGACAAAGACGACCCCAUUCAGGGCCACUACUUCGACUACCGCCUGGUGCCGGAGAUGCUGCACAACCCCAACUUCACCAUCAAGAACAACCAAGACAACUCCAUCACCGUGCUGGCCAAGCACGACACCUUCCGAAGGCAGAAGCAGGAGAUGUACUUCCUGCCGAUCAUCGUCACGGACAACGGCAACCCGCCCAUGAGCAGCACCAACACCCUGACCAUCCGGGUCUGCGGCUGCAGCAAAGACUUUGUCGUGCAGUCCUGCAACGUGGAGGCCUACGUCCUGCCCAUCGGGCUGAGCAUGGGGGCGCUCAUCGCCAUCCUGGCCUGCAUCGUCCUGCUGUUAGUAAUAGUGGUGCUCUUCGUCACCCUGCGGAGACACAAGAACGAGCCGCUGAUCAUCAAGGACGACGAGGACGUGAGGGAGAACAUCAUCCGGUACGACGACGAAGGCGGCGGCGAGGAGGACACCGAGGCGUUCGACAUCGCCACGCUGCAGAACCCGGACGGCAUCAACGGCUACCUGCCGCGCAAGGACAUCAAGCCGGAUCUGCAGUUCAUGCCGCGGGCGGGGCAGCACUCGGGGCCCAACGGCGUGGACGUGGACGAGUUCAUCAACGUGCGGCUCCACGAGGCGGACAAUGACCCCACGGCGCCGCCUUACGACUCCAUUCAGAUUUACGGAUACGAGGGUCGGGGCUCCAUGGCCGGCUCGCUCAGCUCCCUGGAGACGGCGUCCUCGGACUCGGACCAGAACUAUGACUAUCUGAGAGAGUGGGGUCCGCGCUUCAGAAGACUCGGGGAGCUCUACUCUGUGGGCGAAAGCGACCGGGAGACCUGACCUUUGGUUUGCUAGGACCCUCCAGUUUUUCCCUCCGUUUUGUCCACAUAUUGUGUGUUAGCGGGAGCGCUGGCUUUUAGAGAAACAAAAAACAAAAGAGGCCACUUUUUUCUACUCUUCUUAGAUGGAGGUCUAGCAGUCGUCAUCGUCAUCGUUGAGCCAAACAAUGACUUCUUUAGGAGAUUCUUGAGUGUGAACGUAGCAGUCCGUCGUGGAGUGUAUAGCGGUAUUUUUGGGUGUUAGUUGUGUGCUGUGGGACGGCCUUGCUGGCACCCCCCAGAUUCAAGGGACGGUGUGCACCGCAGGUCUUGGGAGGUCUUUGGCCCCGGGCCAGGACGUUGGGGUGCGAGAGUGAAGCUGACCAGUCGAGUCUGAAACCGUGGCAACAUUGGAGACUGAGUGAAAGCCUCUGGUGUUGAAAGCGGCUGACUGGACCGGUUUGACCUCAGGACCUUUGAUACAGGAUCAUGUGACUUCCAUCACCAUGGCCUCUCAAAUCUGGUCAUCGUUUCCGGGUUGUAGCGCCUCACUCGGGUCAGAGGACGUCCAAACAUCCUCUGCUCACCAUCCACCUGGCUCCAACGGUCACUUCUCUGCGAGCGCUUUCAUCCCUGUUUCACCUCCACUCCUCAGUUCAACAUUCCUCUUCCUUACUCUGUGAUUCCUCCGGAAUUAUCCAAAACAUUUACGGUGUAAAACGACCCUCUGCGUACCUCACGGUGCGGCUCAUUUCUAAAUCAGGGUUCUUCUUCUUCUGUGGUCAUAGAACCUCCUCCACCUUCAUAUGAGUCACUCCCCCAUAUCUUCCUUCACCAUGAACCACGUGGAUCCUCAUCUCCUGCUCCAACAUUCCUGGUCCCUCCUCUCCUCUCCAUCUGAGAAGACCACGAGCACCUCGGGCGACUCUCUCGGGUCCUGAGGUGAAACCAGUCCUGUUCCAGGAGCGACUCCGCCCUGCCUCCCGCUGAAGACCUCUGCAGUGUUGACGUCUCCUGAACAAGUUUGAUGCUUCCUGCUGGCACGUUCCCCGCCGUCACCCUAGCAACAGGGACGGAGACGGAGGCCUCUGAAGCUCGGGAAGUCGCGGACCACAGACACUGUCGAGGGAGACUCACUUCCUCCUCCUCGUCCGGCGCUCAAAGAUUAAAAAGAGCUGAGAGGGGAAACGAAAAAAAAAAAAAGCAAUACAAGGUCUUCAUUACUACGAUGAAUGUACGUGUGACUGAUUUAGAAAACACAUUUGGCUUUAAGGUGGAUUUGUUAAUCAUUUGAUAUGUUCUCUGGUGGCGGCAUUUCUAAGACCAUGCGAAGCCCCGAAGGCGCUCGCUUUGUACGACUCUUUGUAUCGACCACAGACUGGCGGGAGGGCGAGAGGAGAGCGUUGUAGAAACUCUGAGGCCUUCUUUUUAACAGAAGCUACGUUCAAUACAAUUGUGAUCUUCUUGUUUUUAUGGGAUAUUCUUGGGUUUCUGCUCCGUGCUUUUGAUCUCACACGCUCACACACGCACGCGGCUUCACGCGGGGACCAGACCGGCCCACACGCAUCGACCCCGAGAGGUUCCUGGCGUCCUGACAGUUCUGAUUCACAGAUGACUCAAACCAACCAAUGAAAUUGUUGCUGUGAUGGGACAGAAUUUGAGGACAUUUCGACAAUCAACUCUUGUGUUUUUUCUCCCCCCCUCAUCAUUUAAAGAACUGUAACAGAAGUAAAUAUUUCAAGUGAAUCCCGACUGAAGCAGCCAGUUGAUGGCAGUGAAGGGGUCCAGGCAGGGGGUCUGGACCAGUACUGGAAGGCGUGGUCCCAGGGGCCGAGCAGCGGAGUGAGACUCAGGAUAGAGAGGCGUUGAGGUGGCGUCCCAGCCUUCGGUCACGGAGCGCCGCCUCGUGAGGGGACCUGACGUCUCUGAGCGUCUGUGAUGACCUCACCACUCUUUUGAGGGAAAAUAUCACGCUCUUCUGAGGAGGACGAGAAGGUCACAUGACAGGGAUCGAGGACUCCUCUGAAGUGUCGCUCUGAAGUUUCAUUAUACCACAAUACACACCGCACACUCUUUCACUCUGGUUCCUCCUUUUAUAAGCAACAUUCUUAGACGUAAACAGUUGAAAGUAAACAACAAUUUAAUCAUUUAACACACAAUUAUGAUUUGCAAAAAAGAUUAUUUCUUUGAUUUUUCCACACUUUUAUACCAAACCUCACCCACUUGGUGGUUUUCUGUUAAAUGUCAUUUUUUUUGUUAUUUUUAUUUUACCAUAAAUGCAUCCUUUUAUUGAUUUCUUUUUGUAUAAUUUCUCUUCACUCGUUUUAUACUUUUUUCAAUUAAUGAAAGAUUGUGUCAGAAAAAAUUCUAAAUUGACAACUGUCUUAUUUAUAUUGUGUGUCUGUUUUCAUCAUUAUGAUUAUGAUUAUUUUGUAAUAACUUAAUUGAUUUUAUGCGCUCCAUUAUUUUUAUUUUUUUUCUCACUGGUUCCCCCUGUGUUGUCAAAAAACGGGCCUGGUGAAUGACGGCCAUAAAAUACAUAAAUAAACACUUGGUCCAUCAUCUUGCCGUCUGUCGGCCCCGGGAGACUGAAGUGUGUCCCAGCUGCUGAGAGAGUGAGGCGGGGGACACCCUGGACAGCGCAGCAGUCACGUCUGUCUCUGGCUGUCAGCUUCAGUUUUCGCUCGGAGUUUGCCGCAUCACUCCCCGUCCUCAUCGUACACACCUGAUGUCUCAGCCCCUGUGAGGACACCACGAGAGUGAUGCGUUCAGGUGCUGCCAGAAGAGUCGGACAUUCACGGCUGUCGCAGUUCUCUGCUCCAGAUGAGAAGUCGUGUGGUCAGGCUGAGCGCAGAGGCUGAUGAUGGAAGUGGGAGGAGAACAGAGGAGGUUCACUGAUGCGAGGCACAUACAGUAUGAGCCUCCAUCUCUGACAUCCUGGAGGCGACCUAUUGAAACUGCAGGCUGGAAUCUCAGGAAGGGUGCAUCAUUCUGAUCCCACCUGACGUGAGGGAACAUUGAGGGGUGCGCUGAAGAGCGUCAGUCAGGAAAAUAUAUUUUGCUUCACGACAACAUCAGAAGAUGAAAUGAAGCCAGGAAUAUUUUCUUUUUAUUUUGCCCUCGUCUGACAUAAGUUUUGUUAAAUUGUGUUUGUGUAAAAUACAUUAGAUUUAUGGCUUCUUUUUAACAAUGAGAUUUUUUUUUAAAUUCAUUUAAAAAAUGUAGUUGUAUUCACUUUUUGAACAAUUUGGUGUUGCCAUGACCAAGAGAUUAUUUAUGAAUAUAUAUAUUUUCUAUUGUUGGCUUCAUGAAUCCAAAUAUAUUUUGUUUGUUUUUUUUAUAUUUAAUAAGAAUUUAUUUUUCUUUAUGUAAUUAAUCUUUUCCAUUUUUUAUACAUCUUUUUCUUUUAAUUAUUAUUUUUAUAUAUUAUUAUUUUAAAUAAGUUGCAUUCAAUUUUGAUUUUGAUUUUUUUCAACCCAAUCGCAAACUAAACUCCGUCCUCAAACGCUGCGUCCUGCAUCACAGCAACAACAAGGCUGGUCGUCUCAAUGCUAAUGCCAGUGGAACAGGGAAAACAAAAUGGCGUUUGCAGUUAUGUCACGACACCCCCGGGUCCCCUGGUCACACUGGGCCCCUCCACGAUCACUUCCUCUUCUUCAGACGUGUCACCAGCUGAAGACACCUUUCAAUUUCGGAGCUUUGGUUCUGAAACUCCCAACCCAGAAACAUCACGUCGGCGACACGACUUCCCCGACUCUCCGCAGAAGUGCAGCGCCGCUCACCUUCCUAUUUCCGUAGCAAACAUCGGGGCCAAAUGGGAGUGCAGCGGCCCCCGGGAGUCUCUUCUUCCGGACUCACCGUUGCUGUCUGGGAGCCAAACUGUACAUAGAGUUCCUGCUGACGUCAUUAGCUUCUCCAUCAGGUGGUAGGUUUUCGUCUCUGCACGUUAGCUCUCGCACACGGCGGCAGUUGGAUUAGUCCUAUGGCAGUAGACUAAACAAUAUAUAUGGAGUAGACCCACACGCAGAUUUUCUACUGUGCUUUACUGCUUCUAAGUGUGUACGUUCAAUUAUUUACUCCCUGUACUGUAAUCUAAGAACCCUGUACUGUUUCCUACUUUGUGAAAUAUAUUUUUAUAAAUAUCGCUCAGCCGCGU